AUGGUAUUCAUCGAUCUUGAGAAGGCAUACGACAAAGUUCCAAGGGAGGUUCUUCGGAGAUGCUUGGAGGCUAGAAGGGUACCUGUUGCAUACACCCAGGCAAUCAAGGACAUGUAUGAGGGAGCCAAGACCAAGGUAAGGAUAGUGGGAGGAGACUCGAAGCAUUUCCCAGUAGUGAUAGGGUUGCACCGGGAAUCAGCUCUUAGCCCCGGAGUUAACUCUAGGCUGGAGGUUUGGAGACUUACUCUGGAGUCUAAAGGGUUCAGGUUGAGUAGGAUCAAGACGGAAUACUUGGAGUGCAAGUUCAGUAAUGUGUUACAUGAGGCUGACAUAGAAGUGAAGCUUGAUACUCAAGUCAUCCAGAGGAAAGGAAGUUUCAAGUAUCUUAGGUCUAUUAUCCAAGGAAAUGGUGAGAUUGAAGAGGAUGUCACAUACCGUAUUGGUACAAGGUGGAUGAAAUUGAGGCUCGCGUCCAGAGUCUUAUGUGAUAAGAAGAUGCCACCAAACUUUAAGGUUACAAAAAUGGUAGAGGAUUCAUAUGAAGACGCCAUUGCAGGACUGAAAAAGCUUUGA